AUGGAAUUUGACAAAUUACCAGCAAACGAUACUGACCAGAAGAAUUUAGAAAGUCUUCUUUUUUUACUGGACAAAUUCUGUGCAAGUGAUGAACUUUACCAUGAAUUGUCUCUAUUUUCUGACAAUUUACCAAGAAGUUACUUGAUUAAACAAAAGAAGCAUGAACUGAGCAAAUUCUGCCAUAUUGAAAGAACACCAGGUCAAUAUCCUGGUGCACAACUUUCAUUUUCCCAAACUCUGCAAGAUCACAUCCAACAAUUUUUCGAGUCAAAUUUGAAACACAAAGUUGAUGACCCAAUAAAGGUCAAGAUCAGCUGUGAUGGCGCAAAGAUGUCAAGAUAA